AUGUCGAAGACAGAGCGCUAUGUUCGAGCUUCGGGCUUUCCCAACCGUGCUCUCGGUGGCGACAUCUGGCUUGCCCUUAGCCAGGACUGCAAGGGCCCGGAGCAGCAUGUACCAUGGAGGCACAUGUGCAUCAAACUGGGACUCUGCGGCCCCGAGAAAGCCAUCACUUUGACAGACAUCAAACGAUCUCUCUCGGCAAAGGAGGUUCUGAACAAUGUCGGUAAAGCCGAAACGGUCCUUGUCGAGGUGCAGCGGCUGUUGCAAGGCAUCGAGAAUUUGGAGUCGGUGUUGGGCGACUUCGAGGUUGAGCUGGCCGCCGUUGUCCUCCAGAAGAAGAAAAUUGCCAAGCACGACAGCAUUGAGGAUGCUGCCACGACGUGGCUUGAAAAGUUCGGUAUCUCGUCGCCCUGGGCGGCCACCGCACCCACGAAGUCUUUGCGGGUCUACGACGACACAGGGAAGCUUGUAUCCAACUCGCGAGUGGUGGACCUGGGGUUUAAGGCCGGGAAUGAAGUGAUCCGCAAAGCCGACGACAUGAAGGGCACCAUCAUGGAGAUCACCGCCGACAAAGUCCGUCUCAAGCUGACCGAUGGCAAGGAAUACGAGGCAUCUUCGCAGUCUUUCGUUGACAACAAGUGGAAGAUGUACGUGCCCAAGGCGGAGCCCGUGUUGUUCAAGGAAUGGACCAAGUUUUCCCCGUUGAGAAGUGAGGAUUUCAGCAUUGCAGUCGUGAAGGGCAUUGUUUUCCAGUCCAUGCACGAGCAGUACGAGACGUUGAAAGUCGAUGACCUUGAUGUCUUUUUGAAGCCCAGCAAGAAUGUGCAGGUUAAGAAGAGCUACAACAUCAACAUCCUCAAGCUCCCCAUCGCCACGGCCAAAGUUACAAUCGCUGAGACGGUGCCCGCCGGAGCAGUGCAGUUGGCUGUGUUGGCUGUAGGAACAAGCCAGAAAGGGACCCACAGGAUAUCUAUGCAGGCUCAUUUCCAAGCUCCCAAGACAGAGUCAUCCCAGCAAGGCUUUAUCAACCCAGUAUGGCUGAUGAAGAGCACAACGGAUCGGGAUGAGGCCAACAUGGAGCUGCAUUGGACAAGCAAAAGCGCGAGCAACCAGAAGCUGACGUGCAAAUCCGCAUCGAUGAUUCUCCCGAUAGUCCGCAAUUUUGUCAAGCUCGAGGCAGGCGAUGACUUGGUGCUAUGGAGGCCCGACACGGGCAAAACCGACGUGAUCGAAGCUUUGGAGCCCGUGACGAAGAAGGCUCGAAAGUAG